AUGUCGAAAAAGUACGAUCUGAUCGUCUUUGGUGCUACAGGAUACACGGGUCAGUUGGUAUGCCGAUAUCUUGUUUCCCACCCCGAAUCCCAUUCUUGGGCUGUAGCUGGUCGUUCUGCUUCUCGUCUUGCCUCUCUCAAGAACAACCUUUCUCUCCCUUGUUCCGUGCGGGUGAUUGAAGCUGAGACUUGCAACUAUGCUUCUCUCACUUCUAUGAGCUCGCAAGGUCGAGUGCUGAUUAACAUGGUUGGACCUUACCGACCUUUCAAAGGGGAUCAGGUGGUUGGAGCUUGUGUCGAGACUGGAACGCACUAUGUCGACCUUUCCGGCGAGACGGGCUUUAACAGCGAUAUUAUCCAGCAGUUCCACCUAGCAGCGCAGGCAAAGGCAGUCGUGAUUUGCAACAGUGUUGGCUUCGAUUCGCUUCCGUUCGAUCUUAGCACCUACCUUGCAGUGCAGAAGGCGAAGCAGUUGACGGGUGGAAAGAGCCAUGUGAAGCUAGCCGAGUGCGCUUAUGACUUGCCAGAAUCUCUCUCUGCCGGCACGUUGAGUAGUGCAAUUAGUAUGGCAAGCGAAAAGGAACAGAUGUAUGCUACUCGAGGCGAUUGGCUUUCUCCCAUUGCUAAAUCGGCUAGUUUGCAGUUCAACACAGUGCGAUGGUUCCCUCAACGUCAAAGCUGGGGUUCCCAGAACACGUUUUCCUUGCACAACACACGUAUGGUCAACCGCACCUGGGGUCUGCUCCAGCACCAUCACUCCCCUCAAGCUUACGGUCAAGCUUUCGUAUAUAAAGAGGGAAACAUUGUCCCCAACAAACUCCUCGGUGUUUUGCUCGCUUACAUCGGUGCUGUUUCCAUCUGGGUUCUCAUGAACUUCGCAGUCGUUCGUACACUGGUGGCCAAGACUAUGCCGCCUAACUCGGGUCCGUCGGAGAAGAGUCUGGUCAACUCCAAGUUGAGGGUCGAGACUGUUGCGACUGCUAACGAUGGGACCAAGGCGAUUUGUAGGAUCAAGGCAAACGGCCAUGCGGGCUACUUGUUGACCGCUAGGAUGAUUGUGGAGACUGCAUUGACCAUCAUUGAUGACAAGAGCAACAAGACCAAUCCUUUCGAGAAGGCUCAGGUGGAGGGUGGAGCGUUGACACCUGCCUUGGUCGGGGCUGAGAGGUUGGCGGAGAGGUUGGUCAAGUACAGUCAGUUUGAGAUCACGACCGAGCCUUUCGAGGAUGGUCAGGUCAACAAGUCCAAGUGA